AUGGCGGCGCACAUAAGUGCAGCGGCUUCUCGAGCUCCUCAGAUUAACAGCACCAUGCCAGACUCAGCCUUCCAGAUCAAUGGUCUUCAGUUAUUCCGAGCGGACCGCGACCAACGGUCAGGCAAAACACGGGGAGGAGGACUCUGUAUGUACGUGAAUGAAGGUUGGUCUACUAACUGUGGACUGGUUAAAAGCUGCUGCUCUGAGGCAAUAGAACUCAUGACAGAGAAAUGUCGGCCGUACUAUCUGCCUCGGGAGUUUACUGCGGUGUUCGUCACCAUUGUUUACAUCCCGCCGGGUGCUAACGGCAACGAAGUAUUGAAGGAGCUACAUGACAUCAUUAGCUCACUGCAGAUGAAGCACCCGGAGGCGUUUUACGUGGUUGCGGGGGACUUUAACCACGUGAAACUGACGGACACUCUGCCCAGUUUUUACCAGCACGUCACCUUUCCCACAAGCGGAGACAACACUCUGGACUGUGUGUACACCAACAUUGACGGUGGGUACAGAGCCCUUCCUCGUCCCCAUCUUGGCCUCUCCAACCACAUCUCAAUCGUGCUGGCGCCAGCAUAUCGUCCGCUGAUGAGACGGAUCAGACCAACAAAGAAGACAGUCACUGUGUGGCCCAGAGAUGCAGCCUUUGUGCUCCAGGACUGUUAUCAGUGCACAGAUUGGCAGGUCUUCAGAGAGGCAACUACUCAUGAGGGAAAGGUGGACCUGGAGGAAUACACCUUCUCUGUUCUUGGCUUCAUCUCCAAGUGUGCUGAUGAUGUCACCACCACCAAGACAGUAACCUGUUACCCGAACCAGAAACCCUGGCUUAAUGCUGAGGUGAGAGCUCUGCUGAAAGCUCGGGACACUGCGUUCAGGACAGGCGAGGCAUCAGCACUCCAAGAAGCAAGGAUAGAACUGGCUGCAGGCAUUGUGAGGGCCAAAGCCAUACGCCCAGAAAAUUCAAGGUCACUUCACAAUGUCCAAUGGACCCCUCACUGCCAGAUGCACUCAACAGGUUCUACGCCCGCUUCGAGGAUCCUAACACCUCCCUCAGCAUCAGAGUCAGAGUGGUGA